AUAUCUGAUUCUGUGUUCACCUGCAAGAUCUUUUUCUAGUUUUCCGCCAUUAGCUAAGCUUAUUAUGCGCUCUGUAAACUCUACACUCUAAACAAAACCAUACUUGGCUACAUGACAAAAGGAAGAAAAACCCUUCUUCCCUUUUGAAAUUCUUCACCUCUCUUCUUUUGGACCAUCUUCAACUUCACCAACACCCUGAUUUUGGGGUUUUCUUUUCCAAUCGAUCUCUUUUGACCAGAUAUUGUGAGUACUGCUUAUAAUGAUGUCCAGAACUAUGCUACUCGUCUUUCUGUCACUUGUACUCAUAAUCACCUCUCAGUUUGAGUGGAGACAACAACUUGUAAGUGACAUUGAUUCCAGUAAUGCUGUCACCCAGAAACAGCAACAGAUAUCAAAAAGGGAAGAAACUGUAAAGGAGAAGAUUAUCUUAUCACAGGAGAAGAGUAUUUUUAGACUCAAUGAACUUGUCCGGACUCUUCGACAGCAAUUGUUGCAGUGCAGGUGUAGUAAUGAGACCAAAAAUAGCACCUUCGGCCCUUUGACUGAACAUGUUAUUGAGCUUGAACGACUAGCAGAUCCUGGAGGACUAGGAUAGUGAUCUAUUGAGCUUUUUGUUCAAUGUUUUAUGCAGUGUUGAAAACGUAAACCCUUUGGUUUUUUACCGAAAGUGUGAAGUUUUUUAUGAGGAACUGCACCUUAUUCAUUGUGUCAAAUGUCUGUUAUGCUGUGUCCAUAUUUAUUAUUUGACAGGCAAAAUUAUUUCUGAUAAUGAUUCUUCUUUGUUUUUUA